AGACACGUGAGAGGAGCAGAUUCCUUGUCAGCUCCACUGGUCUAUAAAGCUGGCUGUCCUGUUACAUCACCUACCAUCAGUUCACUUGACGGCAGCAUCUCUGUUCUCGAGUAUUUGCUGGCAUCAUCAUGUUGAUGAGAAACUACAAUCGCCAAAUCGGAGGUUUUGCUUUGACCAUGGUGGCCUGGAUACUUUGCUGCAUCUCCAUGAGGCUCCCUCAGUGGCAAAUAUGGCACUAUGAAGAUCCUGUGACUUUCAAGCCUACAGUAGCUUUUGUGGGCAUAUGGAGAGCCUGUGUUCUCCACAAUGGCAACAACUCCAGCAACAUCAGAAUAUGUCAUCAAUACAACUACUAUGACUCCUUUGUUCCACUGUAUAUUCGAAUAAACCAGCACCUGCUGCUGGUGUCAAGCUUGCUUGGGCUCUUUGGGAAAAUCACCACUAUUAUUGCACUUUGGACCAUGAGUAUGGGAAGAGUAUGGCGGAAUUCCAUCUGCAAUCCAUUCAGCGUUUCAGGGAUUCUGAAUAUCAUCACUAGCAGCUUUCUUUACUUUGCUGUUUUAUUAAAUUACAUAUCCACCAUUCGCAAGUGGGGGGUUGCCUUUCCACCAUCUUUCAAUAUGCCUUCCCACCCUGACACUCAGAAGAUGGGCAGUGCCAUGUCUCUGGCAAUUAUAUCUGUUGUUUUCUUUCUCUUCAGUGGCACAAUUUUCCUUUCUUCAAAUUUAGCCAUAGGCAAGACACCCCGAUCCAAAAUUUAAAAGUAAAUUGCUAUCUUAUACCACCUUGAAACUCCAGCAAAGAUACUCAAAAUGAUGGCAAAUGUGGCCUGUGUGUGUGUGGGUGGGGGGAAUGUUCAA